AGUGGAAACAUUUCUCACAAGUACAGAGACAUUUUCACCAUUUUCAGUGUUGAAUAUCAGGAUGGGACAUGCUUUGCUCUGUGCAUCUGGGUUGGUUUUGCUGAACACACUUCUGUCUUGCGGACAAGCUCAAGAUAAACCCAAACCUGAUCUCAGGGUGUCUUCAUCAUGGCCGAGUCCUGGAGCAUCAAUGACUCUAAACUGCAGUGUUAAAAAUUACUCUGCAGAAUGGAGGUACUACUGGUAUCAGGCUUUUUACAAAAAUUCAAACAACUACUACUUUGAGCUGCUACCAGAUGGCAAAAAUGGAACUGCACAAAAUUCCUACAUUGUUCAUGGACAGAAACAAACGGCAGGAUAUGCAUGUAGAGCUGGAAGACAACAGCCAGAGCAUUUCACUUCAUACAGCAAACCUGUAUUUGUUUGGUCUGCAGAUUCUAGUUCAGCAUCUGCAACAGUCAAAGUGACUCCUGACAGAGUGCAGCACUUCUCUGAAGAGUCUGUCUCACUGCGCUGUGAGGGAAAACCUUCUGAGUGGAGAGUGAUGAGGCUGAGUGAAGCAGGCUACCUUGCAAACUGUUCUGUCUGGGGAACAAUGAAUGGAUCCACCUGCACGAUCAAAAAUGGUACAGCCAAACCAGCCGUUUACUGGUGUGAGUCUAAGCUGGGUGGCUUCAGCAAUGCUGUCAACCUCACAGUGCAAAAAAGAGAUAUCAUUCUUGUGAGCCCGGUCCACCCAGUUACUGAGGGAGAAACUGUUACGCUCCACUGCAAACUGAGGAACACAACUUUAAAAUCCUCUGUGUCUUUCUUUCGAAAUGGUAGCCUCAUCAGCAAUGACACCAUAGGGAAGCUGAAUAUCCCUGCAGUGUCAAAAUCAGAUGAAGGCUUUUACAAGUGUCAGUAUUCAGGAAAACAGUCAUCACAAAGGUGGAUGUCAGUAAAGGCAGUAUCCAGGCCUAUAAAGUCUUCAUUUACUGUGCAGAUGAUUAUUGGAUUUGUUUGUGGGAUUUUACUGAUUGCUAUCCUACUCAUGGUUUAUCUGAAAGCCAAAGGAACACAGUGCAAGCAAACCCAUGUUGAUUCUGCAGAUCCUGGGGUUAGCCAGAAUGCAUGUCAGCUUGAAGCGCUCUACUCUGAAGUCCGUGAUGAUAAUCUGCUGUAUGCCCUGGUAAUGCACAAAAACAAAGGUGAAUCUCAGAACAAUGCAGGUAGACCAUAUCAGGCAGCAGCAGAAUGCGCUAUUUAUUCUGAAGUCAGAAAAUAGGAAAACAAACAACUCUUGGUCCAUAGAAAGAAGCUUCAGCUUUACAGCAAGAUUGUCCUGCGUUUGAAUCGACC